CAGAACACACUGUUGGAGUCACUGACUAACCCUGAUUAAGGACUUUUUCAUCACUCAGAGACAUUUUUUGACCAGACAACCCACACAAAAGAAAGUGCUAUGUCAGGACCGAGGCCUGUGGUUUUGAGUGGCCCUUCUGGGGCAGGUAAAAGUACCCUGCUGAAGAAGCUGCUGAAGGAUUAUGAAGGAGUCUUUGGCUUCAGUGUGUCACAUACAACAAGAAAUCCCCGUCCAGGGGAGGAAGAUGGCAAAGACUAUCACUUCACAACCCGGGAGGCUAUGCAAGAAGGUAUUGACAAAGGGGAUUUCAUUGAGAAUGCGGAAUUUUCGGGAAACAUGUAUGGAACGAGUAAGUCUUCAGUAGAAGAUGUACGGGCAAAGAACCUGAUAUGUAUCCUAGAUGUGGACAUCCAGGGUGUCAGGAAUAUCAAGCAAACUGAUCUGGAUCCCAUCUACGUUUCUAUUCAGCCUCCCUCCAUGGAAAUCCUGGAGAAGCGUUUGCGGGACAGACAGACAGAGACGGAGGAGAGUUUACAGAAGAGGCUGGAGGCAGCAAGGAUUGACAUGGAAGAAAGCAAUGAACCAGGAGUCUUUGACCUUGUCAUUGUAAACGAUGACUUGGAUGAGGCCUAUGAGAAGUUGAAAAAUGUCCUCCUUGAGGAAAUACAGAAAGUCCAGGAAGCCAACAAAUCAUAAGGGGGUGAGCAGUGAUCGGCCUAAUCCCAUAAGGUCUCUCAAACGAGUAACACAGCCUUGAACUCUGGCAUGAAUAACACUAUAUUUUAUGCUACAUCACCAUAAAGAAGCAAUAAGCCCCCCUGAUAUCAGUUUAUUUUAACCUUGUGAGAGUUGCUUGCCACAGAAACUGCUGUGGGCUAGUCAGAGGAACAGACACAAGGUAUUUUGAUUCUUUGAUGCAGUUUUUUCUUUCUCUAUAUGGAUUCUGGAUAAAAGAAUGGGGCACUUAUAACUUUUGUUGUGUAUGUAAGAAAAAAUAGCCUUCUCUGCCAACUGGUUUUACUGUGAUGUACUAUAGACAGGUAGGAACCACUGCCAAAGCGAAUACUAGACGUUUGUUUUGUCUUUAUAAUCCAAGGUUUAGAAUUACAUUUAGCUUGCCAUGUUGGAAAGUUUUGUGGGGCUUUGUUUUGUGUUCAGACACAAGUGGACAUACGUAAGACUAAUCAACAGUAAAACAAAAGUUGGGCGUAAAACUGUCUUAGCUGUCAAAUGUUGGACUAGAUGUGUGAAACAGUUUUAAUUUAAGAUAUAUAAUAAUAAAUCGAUUUGUUUGUACCUGUCUUUUCUCAGUAGCAAUGUGACUGACAAUAAGCAUCCACACAUUCAUAAUAUGAUUAUUAUGUAUUGAGUCUUAUUUCACAGUAAGUUUCUGUACUUACAGCAUGUGGUGUUUUACAGACUGGGGAUAGACUGCAUCUUAACACAACAGUCAGAGAACAUACAGAGGUCAGGACUCCUCCACAAUAUAAGUAACUGUUGUGUGUAUUGGUGCAAAAUGGCAUGUUUUGUAUGUAAAUGAAAGAGAUCAUUAAACAAUGUGU